UCCCACUUCCGGGGGGGUGGCCCGCCGGCUCGCGGGGGCGGAACAAGAUGGCGGCGGUAACGGCGCUACCGGUCUCCCUCUCGGGCAGGUUUAAGGGAUCCUUUGCAUAUUUUACAGUUAAAGACAGACUGCCCCAGAUCCUCACAAAAGUUAUUGAUACUCUGCAUCGACAUAAAAAUGAAUUUUUUGAAGAACAUGGUGAGAAGGGUGUUGAAGCAGAGAAAAGAGCUAUAUCUUUCCUGUCCAAACUGCGGAAUGAACUGCAAACAGACAAACCAGUGACCCCUUUAGAAGAUGAGCUGCCUGAUGCUGCACUGUGGAACCAAUACCUAGACUACCAACGAAAUGUAUCAAAUGGAAAUGGAGAGCCGAGUUGGUUUCAGUCCCCUUGGUUGUUUGUAGAGUGUUACAUGUAUCGAAGAAUUCACGCAGCAUUAGCACAGAACCCACCUAUUGACAACUUUGACGUAUUUAAGGAAGGAAAGGCCCAAAAUUUCUUUGAAUCCCAAGAGGCUGUUAUUGCCUUAUGCACUUACUUUCAGGAACUUCUUAAAAACAUCAAGGAUCUAGAUGAAAAGCAACUUCAGGAAGAACUUUUUAAGCUAUUGCAGGUGUCGUUGUGGGGCAAUAAGUGUGACCUUUCUUUUUCAGCUGGUAAAGCCAGCUCUCUGAAAUCUAGUCCUUUACAAUCCCUGGAAAACAUGAUACCUUACAUCUUAGUGAAUGAUAUGGAAAAACUUUGGUCACUACUUGUAAAUGCCAAAAAAAGAAAUACAGAAAACAGUAAUGUUAGAGUUGACAUAAUCCUGGAUAAUGCUGGAUUUGAACUUGUAAGUGAUCUUGUAUUGGCUGACUUCCUGUUAUCGUCAAAGUUGGCUGAUGAAGUCCACUUCCAUGGAAAAAGUAUUCCAUGGUAUGUGUCAGACACCACAAAGCAUGAUUUUAACUGGAUUAUUAAACAACUGCAGUCUGCUAAUCAUAUGUGGAUGUCUAGAUGUGGGAUAAACUGGGAGGGCAAUUUGAAAAAGGGAGCUUGGGUUUACCGCGAUCACAUGUUUUGGACUUUGCCACAUGACUUUUCCAGUAUGACUGAAGUUGCUCCUGACUUCUAUGCUGAUCUACAGAAGUCAAACUUGCUUCUUUUCAAAGGUGAUUUAAACUAUAGAAAAUUAACAGGAGAUAGAAAAUGGGAAUAUACCGUUCCUUUUCAUCAAGCCUUGAACAAGUUUCAUCCUGCGCCUCUCUGUAGUUUGAGAACACUGAAAUCUGACACUCAGGUUGGCCUAAAGCCUGGACAAGGUGAACAACUUCAGGCUUCUGAACCUGAAUGGAUGAUAAGUGGAAAAUACGGGAUAGAAUCUCAUGAUCACAUUCUUUUGGAUAUUCCUGUCGCUAGAGAGCAGAUGAAUCACUAUCGAGCUGCAGCUGAAACUGCUCAAAGUGAACUUGCAGCACUUUCAGUGAAGUAUGAUUAUGCCCAGUCAGAGCUUCUUGAACUCAGGUCCAGAAUGGUCUCUAAAGAAGCCUCUUUUCAAGAGCUGAAGGCUGAAGCUGAAAGCUACAAGGAAAACAAUGCUAGACAGAUGUCUCGCCUCCUGUUUUUGCAAACCCGAAUUCAGGAGAUAGAGGAAGAGGCACGUGUGCUCACCACUUCUAAAAACCAGGCUGACCUGACAGCUCAGGUGGCAUUCAAGGAAAAUUGGGAGCUGAAGGAAGAGCUUCAUGAGCAAAAUGCCAAACUGAAUAAAUAUUUGAAUGAGUGUGAAGAAAGCAUGACUCAAACUUCUAAAAUCAGCAGAAAGUAUGAAGAGCUCCUUACACAGCUUUCUGCAUUCUUGGACACGGACAUCAGAGAAAAAGAGAAACCACAGGAACAUUUAAUGUCAAAGGUGUCUGAAAUAUGUAAAGAAAAUCUGACACUUAAAGACCAGGUUGCUGCUCUUCAAGAAGCUGUCAAUGUCCAUGAGAUGGAGUCCAAAGCUAGUAGAGAAACUAUCAUGAGGCUUGUUUCAGAAGUGACCAAGGAGCAGAAAAAGGCAGCAGGAUAUUAUCAAGACAUGGAAAAACUUAGAAAGGAUCUUGACAGUGCUAUAAUAGGGAGACAGAGUUUGGAGAUGGAGAUCAAAAACCUCCAAGAUAAACUGACUGCUAACCAGAAAGCUUUGGAUGCCUCAAAGCGGGAAUUGAACAAUCUGAAGGCAUCUUCCAGGGAGCUGGAUGGAAGCUUGAAGAGCAGCAGAGAAGAGGCCAGGACUGCUCAGAGCUCCUUAGUGGCUUUUAAAGAGCAAAUUGCUACCCUCCUCAGCGGUGGAUCUGCAAUAGUUAAACUUUCUGAGAAAGCCAUUGUGGAGAGGAUCCAAGAAAUAAAUUGCAAAGAGGAGAGUAAAGAAAUAAUGAUAUCUCAGCUUGAAACCCAAAUAGCUGAAUUGACCAAAACUUUGGAAAAUCAGACCAGAUUGUACCAAGAAGCUCUGGAGAAGAGCAGGAAAGCUGAAAAAUGUUCUGAGACUUUCCAGGAUCAACUGAAACACUUGGAAGAGGAAUUACUCUCUGUAGAUCUGAUGCAAGAUGGUUUGAAGCUUGAGAAACAAAAAUAUCUGAAAUUUCUGGAGCAACUUAAUGAGAAGAUGAAGCUGGAUAGCCUAGCAGAAGAGGUUGGAUUUGAUAUGAAUGUGGAUGCGAUUCUAGCCCGGGUAGAGCAGUUAGUGAAACUGGAAGGUGAUGCAGUGAUUGAAAACAAGACUAUGGCAUAUAGCCUAAGAAGAAAGUUGAAGACUCAGAAAGAAAAACUUGAAAGCAAAGAGCUGCACGUGAACCUUUUGCGGCAGAAAAUAACCCAGCUGGAAGAAGAGAAGCAAGUAAGGACCGCCUUAGCCGUGGAGAGGGAUGAGGCCAAUGUUGCUGUCAGAAAGUUACAUAAGAUGACAGAGAGGUUACAGAAGCAGCUUGAUCUGGCCAGGGAAACAAAUACUGAUCUCAAAGCCAAGCUGUCUGAAACCAAUGAACUUAAGAUCAAAACUUUGGAGCAGAAUAGAACAAUAGAAGAACUCAGUAAGUCUCAAGGCAAAUUGGAAAGAAUGAAGGAAAAGGCUGAGAAACAACUUACCUCUGUCAAAUCAGAACUUCUUUUAAAGGAGCGUAAAGCUACUGAAGAUAAAGAAAAAAACAAAAAUAUGUUAGAAGCAGUUACCAAUGAGAUGAAGGUGCUUAAAACAGCACUUGCAGAAUUAGCAAAAAGAGAGAGACAGCUGGCAGAUUUCCGAGACAUGGUCUCACGGAUGUUGGGCCUCAAUGUUGCCAGCUUGGCUCUUCCUGACUAUGAAAUCAUUACACGUCUUGAAGAGUUGAUUCACUCUCAUCAGCACCACUACUUCCCCUGCGUCUGCCUCAAAGACAUGGCAAGGGCACCAGAGGAACACUCACAAAGAAACAUACAGCUUCUUCACUGAAACGUGUUUUUUAAGGAGACAGAACAAAGUAAAAUUUUCUUUUGUGCUUCCCUACCUGCUAGAUGUGCAUAGGAAACAGAUAUUUAUUUUUCUGUUCCCUACCCUACAGAUACUGACUUGGGCUGAUUUUUGGUGUUUCAGUAGGGAGACUGAGCUGCAUGGAUAGAGUAAAGCCAGCAGCCUAGAGACAGCAAACAGAAAAUCCCUGGGCAACAUAAUACUUUGGUUGUGAAAAUGAUAGGCAAUAUGUGAACAACAUAUAGCCCUCCAAUUUCAUUGCAGAGGCAUUGAAGGCACAGGCCACCCGAGGUCAGUUCACAGUUUUGGGAAGUACUUGCUAAUGAACGUCAGCCUCGGUGACAUUCUUUGUGCUUUACCUCUGGGUGACAGGGAUGAAAUAAAGUGGGGUUGUCCCGCUGCUGUUCCUCUUGCAAAAUAGGACUUCUCCCUCUGCAUUUUUAUGCAUUCAUUACUUUAGCUUCAAGACAGUUAGCUGGAAGUAAAACAAAGGACUAUCACAAUUUUGGAACAAGGGAUUUUUUUUUUGUUUGUUUUCCUUAGUCUGCUCUUGUGCCAAAGCAAAAAACUACAAUUUUUCAGCACAGGCUCUUUCACAGGGUCCAGUCACGUGCCUGAUGUAGAUAUAUUUGGUAAAAUUGCAUGGUGCCCUUGGUCAUGAUGCCUUGAAAAAUUUUCUUCCAGCUGCUGUAUUCGUUGGGCAGUUAAUCCAUAGGCAAAAUAAGUGGCAGCUCUUCUGAGUUAAUAAAAAGUUAUUUUAAAAUGCUUAUCCACUACAGAAGAUAGUUGAAUUGCUAAAGUCUUUAUUUUCAGAAAAGCAAUGAGGAAGUGUCCAGAACUUCCUCUUAGUCAUAAAAACUGCUGUCUAUCACCCUUUCUGCGUGUUGUUAAUUUUAAUGAUAUUUUAAAGAAAUUUGAAAAAUCUGUUUCAAUAGCACACAAACAUGAUUCUGUGUUUUUAGUUGUCUCUUCCCAUUAUAUAUUUUGUAUGGAAAUGGAGAACAGUAAAGAUGAUUUUCCUAUUUAUGUCUGACCAUUUCUGGGCUUUCUACAGUAUCUCAGCAAAUGAUAACUCACUCACUAAAACUGAGCACACUAUUUUAAGAAAAAUGAGACUUUUUAAAGUAAAUGUGGUAAUUUUGGUAUCUGACUGGGGACUCAAAGCAUUAUAGGUUGCUUUUCUUUCACUUGCCUCUGAAGAAUCAUUCUCAGUGACUUGUUAGUAAAAACCCCCAAACACCCAAGCUUUUGCAAAAUCAGUCAUUUGAGGCAGUAUAGUAAAUCAUGUAUUCUUAUGCUCCUGGGGCUACCUGGAAUAAAAUCAAUUUCCUUUCUUGUUUUAUAAUGUAGCAUUGGUUUUCAGGUAAAGUUUAAUAAAUGGAAAAAAGGAAUAAUAAUAUUGAAUUAUAUAGACUUAAACUUAGGAAAGCACCACAAUUUCAAAGUAAAGUAAAAGAUUGAAAUGUAAAUAUUUUUAGGCAUGAUAUUUUGGUUGGGAAUUUAGAAGGUGGAAAAGGAUGUAAUAAUUUUCUAAUUCUUUGUGAGAGAAUACAAGUAGUUUCAGCUUGUGUUUUGCUGGUUCUAUAGGCACUUCUGCUUCAGUUAUUACUAAACAACAAAACCUGUUUUCUUCAUCCAUAUUCAUAAAUAUUAUACAAAGCCUAUUUUAUAAUAUUUUGCAAGUUAAAUAAACCGCAUUACAGAAUUAGGUCCACUCAGCCCAGAUAAUACGUUCAUAACUUUAAGAAAUAAUCUCUGAGAGUGCCAGUCAUAAAGCGAGUAUGCAUAUUUGGCCGUAUUUUAUGGUUCUGAGAUGAUUUCCUAAUGUCUGCCAGGAGACUUAAAACCCACUGUCAUGCUCGGCAGUUCUGUGUCCUGCCGCCCUGUGACCAGCCGUGGCACCAGCAGUGAAGUUCUGGCCCCACAGAAGCCACCAGCAAAAUUCUCCAAACUACUUUAGAGGAGGCACGUUUUCACAUGAAGUUGGUAGCAAAGCUUGAUGACUGUCUUGCAUGUGAAACACACAGAAAGUAGAAUAAGGGUUUUCUAAUGCCUUUUUUUUUUUUUAACACAGUGGAUCUGUAUUUUUUGAAGUAUUAAUGCUAAUGUUCAUCCAGGAAUAAGACCUCUUAGCUGACUAUUAAUAUUCCCUGUAGUUGCUUUACUUUUGGAAGAGCAUUGACAUCUUUGUUCAUUUAGCCAAAGCAAAUAAAUAAAUAAAAAGUAAAGAAGUAAUUUGAUAUGAACAAAGUUCAGGUGAUUUUGGUCCAUGUAAUUUAAUUAACCCCUGAACAAAGUUUAAACUGACUUGCAGUCUUCUUUUUUAAAGUUUGUUUCAUACAGCAUUGAACUUACUCUUCCUUUUUGGGAAAAAAAAAAAUUAGAACAGGCUUAUGAAUAUUUUCAACAUUUGUUUCAAAUGUUUUCUUCUUUUUUAAGCCAAGAUGCAUUCAACACGAGAGAUCUGAUAGAAACCUGGAAGUAUGUAUUAAGGCUGUGUCAGCAGAUGCCCAUCUUUCAGUAGAUUCUUUUUUACUAGGUUUGUUUGUAUUAGCAAAAGGUAUGAGAUUAAGAGUUUGCUAUCUGUUCAUAAUUACUCUUUAAUUGUGGUAAAUGAUUCUUGAUUUAUCAACAGAAUACAUACUAAAAAAAGUAAUAUCUGUGAAAUCACAGAAUGGUACACUUACAGGACUAGAUUUUUUUUCUCCAAAUAAUAGCUGAACCAACUCCAAUGAAGACAACUUCAGUAUUUCAGAUGGGCAGUGUUGGAAAAAGGCAAAACUCAACAAAUAAAAAUGUUGCAAUUGUAGAUACUGAAAUAAAAUAAUGUACAUGCCAUAAACAUUGUAAUAACAAAACCACAAUGCAAAUGAAAAAGUGCCUUAUAAUGUUAUGAGUGUAUUAAAAUAUAUGCAACUGAAUUUU